AUGACCGAACAUAAAAAGGACGAUACCAGGCUUCACCUCAACCCGCUGCUGCCGCUCCUGCGCUCGACGCUGGUCCACGGCGGCGAGGGCGCCACCUACAAGCAGGACCUCCUGUCCUGUUCUGGUUCUCACUCCCUCCGCCUCCCGGCCCUCCCAUCUUCAUCAUCUUCAUCAUCUUCUCCGUCGCCUUCCCCGCCUCCAUCUUCGACUUCGUUCUCGUUGCCUUCGUCGCCCCUCAGAAAGAAAGAUGAAUCCACCGUAGAAGGGCGACGGCGUCAAUACACGCUGUUGAGCUCGGCCUCGACCACCUCGGCGCCCUCCGUGUUGUUCGCGUCGUCGACCGCGACGUCUUCGCCGCCGACGCCCGGGUCGGGCCAGGCCGUGCGCGCGCCGGCGUUGAGCCUACGGCUGCUGGGCGGCCUCUCUCCGCUGCCCUCGCCGCGCGUGCGCCGCGCCAGCGACGACAGGAACGACACCACAAAGAACGAAAGCGACAGCGAGGGUAGGAGCCAAAGAGCGAAAGCGAAGGAGGUGAGAAUCGUCGAGGGCAUCAGCGAGCCGGGCGCCAGCGCCAGCGCCAGCGGAGCCGAGGAGACUGCAGCAGCGGGAAACGAUCAAGACGGCGAGGAGCGCAAGGUGCGGGUUCGUCGAGGCAGUUUCUCCAGGACACAACAAGCGCUGCGACAGUCGUUUCGUCACAAACUCCGACCACCCAAGCCGCUGGGCAGCGAGGGCAGCGGGGAGACCGCCACCGUGUCAUCAUCGAUGGCCGUGGCGCCGGUCUUCGCUGACCCCAUCCACUCGUUUCACGUCAGUGACAAGCAAUUGCUGCACUUGGAGCUGGACGGCGGAGUGCUGUAUGUGCUGUCGCAGGACAGAAUCCACCUCUACGACACUGAGAGUCGGGAGCACAUGUACUCGAUCGAUGCAGUGGCCCGACGCAUCGCCGUCUUCGACCACAUGCUUUACUACGCCAAUCGAACGACCGUCUCUUCCAACGAACGCGAUGUCAUCGUGGCUUGGAGCACCAAGUUGCGAAAGGUGACGCACAUCUUCAAGGGCCAUCAGAAAUGGAUCACUUCGCUCUUUGUCCACGACAAGAUGCUCUAUAGCGCCGCCACCGACCACACCUGCAGGCAGGGCCUUCCCCCUCAAUCCAAUUUUGUGUGA